AUGAUUAAGCUACUCAAAAGCUUCCUUUUCAAUAUCAAAAGUUUUAACAGUGUGAGAGUCUGCGAGUCUGCGACUGUGAGAAAGAAAGGGCGUGUUUGGUUGGCCAUGGACGCGGAAAGCAACCAGAAAUUACCAGUCUCUAGCUCUUCGCAGAGCCAAGAGAGGCUUAAGAAAGGCCCCAAAAUGACCAGGAAAGGAGCUUAUGCUGCCAUUUCCUACAUGGCUUCCGCAGCUAUUCAUUGUGCAGUUCUCUUGAUAAUGUUCAACAAAGCAGCCCUGUCUUCAUACAAUUUCCCAUCUACAAAUGUCAUCACACUUUUCCAGAUGCUAUCAUCAUGUACAUUGCUGUAUGCAAUGAAAUGUUGGAAGAUUAUUUCUUUCACAACUGAACCACAGAUCACUACAAACAAUCCAGUAACUCUGUUGGUUACAAUGGCAUCAGUGCGUGGUAUAAAUGUUCCCAUGUACACCACCCUCAGACGGACUACAGUUGCUUUUACAAUGAUUGUUGAGUAUAUUUUGACAAGGCAGAAACAUUCAUAUCCUGUUGUGGGCAGUGUCGGGAUAAUUAUACUUGGUGCAGUUGUUGCCGGAGCUCGGGAUUUGUCAUUUGAUGCCUAUAGUUAUGGUGUUGUUUUUGUUGCAAACAUCUGUACAGCAAUAUAUCUUGCUUCUAUAGCUCAUAUUGGUAAGUCCAGUGGUCUUAGUACCUUUGGCCUAAUGUGGUGCAACGGAAUAAUAUGUGGACCAAUCUUGCUGUUUUGGACCUCAAUCAGUGGUGAACUAGGAAGGAUGAUAAACUUCCCGUAUUUAUUCUCCCAUGGGUUUCAGGUGCUCCCCUUUCAUGAGAAGAAUUGUCAUUCUGAUAGUACAACCACCAGUAUUCUUCAGAUUCUUCACUACAUGUUUCUGUUACUUGGUAUUGUUAACUUAUUCUCAAGCCGGUCAACAUGUCUGUCUCCUGGUUGGUCUGGUGCUUAA